GUUGACUGCGCGGCCACGAUCCACGGAAGUGUCAAGGACAUCGACACGGGCGUCCAGUUAUCCAAGACACUCACACAAUUGAAGACCACGUGGACUCCCAGUGCGUAUGCAACUUUAACCCGCGACUGUAAACUGUUCACACUUCAGAGGGGUUAUAUUCUAUAUCCCCUGUCUCGGGAAGAACUUGAGUUCCCUAUCGCUUUCUCCAUUAUGGUCUCCGAGGAAAUGGAGAUGUCAGAGCGUCUGCUUCGAGCAAUUUACAGACCCCAAAACUAUUACUGUGUGCACGUCACUAUGCAGUCUGAAGCCUUGUAUAAAGCAUACGAGUCAAUUUCUUCUUGUUUGCCUAAUGUGAUUCUCCCGAUAAGAAGAGUAUUUGUUGAGUGGGAUCGCUUUUCUGCCCUUGACGCUGAGCUCUCCUGUCUGGAGACGCUGUGGCCGUUCACUAGGUGGAAGUAUUUCAUCAACCUCAACGAGAAAGAGUUCCCAUUAAAGUCCAACGCCGAGCUUGUGCAGAUCCUUCAAUCACUGGAUGGCGCAAACGAUGUGCACGCAUCCCGGAAUGGGUAAGAAAUGGCGGUCAGUUGUUUUUUUCUAUCUUGUUGACCAUGGCAUGGUAUGAAAUAGCGUUUAAAAAUGGCGUUGUCAGUUCCAAUGUACCAUUGUAAGUACACAUUUUUCAUUGUAUGUAGAAAGGUAUCGUUGCAAAUGUACAAAUGUUUCAAUGUAAGUACAAAGUCCUGCCACAGACUUCCCUUAAUUUUGCCAUUUUAGAUCUUUGUGAAAUCUUUCAUCAGGACCAUUAUUGCGAUAGAGUGUUCGCCUUUUUAAAACCUCGAUGAUGAUUGGUUAGUUUUUUGUUCUUGGCUAGAUUAUGCAUAAUUAUGACUUAUUCAGUCGAUCAAAUUUUUUUUAGACCUGUGCGUAUCUUAUAAUUGUGGAAAUCACACAUGACGUUAGGUGCGCACAAAAACGUAUUUUUCGUGAAUAUUUCUUGGACAAAAUGGGUUUAAAAGUUUCGCUAUUUGAAUUGCAACAUUCUUAACAAUUGACUAUAUUUUUCCCAAGCGAACAUGCAGAGAAAUGGCCGUUUGAUCACGACAUUCACUACUGGCAUCGCCCUUUCCGAGGCUCUCCUCACAUGGCAGCAAGUCGGGCAUUUGUAGAUUAUGCGUUGCACCACACUGAGGCUGAAAGUAUUCUGGAAUGGGUCAAAGCGUUGAAAAGUCAUCACCACGAGAUUUUCUUCUCAACUCUCAACCAUAAUCCAAACAUUGAAGCUCCCGGUUCUCAUAUAGGUAAUCAUUUUUUAAUCGUGUUAUAUUUAAGUUUAAGAUAAAUGUAUCCCUGAGGGAGUGUCUACUUCCACCUUCAAUCGCCGUUCAUUUAAAUGUUAAUGUAUACACUUAUUUUAACCAAUUUAUUUGAAUUGAUUUAUUAAAGCUGUAGAGGAGUCCGAUUAUUACACCAAGCCUCACAUUAGUCAGUACAGAGUAACCAACACGUCAGUGGACCAAGCCUGCAAGUCUGGCAGAUGGGAUAACGCUGAUUGUGUCUUGAGUUUUGGUGAGUCAAUGAUUUGACCAGUGAAUUCUAACGUAUUAUUUCUCUGACGUAACACCAGUGAAUUCUAACGUAUUUAUUUCUCCUACUUACAUUAUACCGACAGACAGAUAAGAAGAUUCUGUAUAACAUUGAUGAUAUGUCAAGUACAAUAUUUAAUAACGAAGCGUAGAUCUGAUUAAAUCUAAGCAAUAUGGUAUGUUACACAAUUUUUAAUAACUGUGAUUGUAGACCAUUUGUUUUAUUAAUUCAUGUUAGUCCUUUGGUUCCUAUGUGUAUGUUAGUCUAUUGAAUCAAUAAAUAUUUCUACUCUCAGGCGACCUUCCGGAGAUGCUGAGAAGCAAGAAACUCUUCGCAUCAACAUUUCACAUCAGAGAAGACCCGUUAGUUGUCAGCUGUUUGGAGGAACGGUUGUACAAUGAAACAAAAAGUAACUUUAUAGAUGCCGAGUCAGUGAACGUGUCCUACUACAGAAACUUAAAUUUUGUACUCAGUCAUGUCAGGGUCUAGCAGUG